AGAGAGAGAAAGGCUGAGCAGCUGAGAGGCGUUUGUUUGUGAUCAGUGUGAAACCUGGACACAAAGGAGACGCUGCUGUUCAUCAGUGUGUUCAGACCCUCAGAGGAGUGAGAUGUCUCUGCCGUCUGUCUGCAGGAUCUUUGUCCGGCUGCUCGCAGCUGUACUGCUGAUGUCAGCGUGUUGCGUUCAGGGUCUGGGUGUGGACGUGUCUCCCAAAAGGCCUCUGUUGAGACUCGGGGAGCGUCAGCAGCUGGUGUGCCACGUUCAGCAAUGUCCUGAGAUGCCGAUCGUGUCUUGGUCCCUGAUGGGGGACCGGCCUCUGACCGCCUCCGUCAGCACCAACAGGACUCACUCCGUGGUGACCUUUGACCCCGUGAUGAUGGAGCAUGAGGGACUCCUGCUGUGUAAAGUCAGCUGUGGAGGACAGAACAGGCAGAUUAAAACCUCGGUGCAGGUUUACUCCUUCCCGUCAGGUCCUGUGAUCACAGGUCAGGACCACCUGAGACUGGGGGUGGAGUCCACCCUGACCUGCCAGGUGUCUGAAGUUUACCCCGCCGAGCUGCUGACCUUCACCUGGAUCAGAGGAGACGUCGUCCUGCCGAGCAGUGUGGGAAAUCCUGUUUCCAGCUCAGUCCAAUCUGAAUACAGAUUCACCCCUCUGAACCAGGACUCGGGACGAAACAUCAGCUGCAGGGCCACGCUGGAACUGCUGAACCUGCCUGCUGAGGACAGGACCAGAGAGACCACCGUCCCCCUAAACCCGCUCUACGCUCCCGUCGUCACGGUGAUGCCAGACUCUGUGUUGGUGAUGGCCGGCUCGCCGCUCACUCUCGACUGUUCUGCGGAGGGAAACCCCGAGCCGAGCGUCACCUGGAGCUUCAGGACGGCGGGCGGGCGGUCCUUGCCACGGGGUCGAGGCCGUCAGCUGGUCUUUCCGGCGGUGAGUCUGUCUGGGGCCGGAUGGUACGACUGUGAGGCCCAAAACGCAGAAGGAAACCAGACCGCCGCUGUGGAGGUCAUCGUUCACGCUCCGCCCACCAACACCUCCAUCUCAGUGAGUCCAGGUGAGGAGGUGGUGGAGGGUCAGCAGGUGACGGUUACCUGCCGCUCAGACGGAGCUCCGCCCGCCACGCUGGUGCUGAGGAGGGAGGGGGCGGAGCUUCAGAGGGCCGCCUCCUCCUCGCUCUCCUUCAGCCUCUCCUCCGCCCUGCUGGAAGACUCCGCCCACUACCAGUGCGAAGCGUCCAACCAGUACGGGUCCCAGAGGGUCAACAGCUCCAUCACCGUCAGAGGUCACCCUCUGCAGGUGGAGGUGAGUCCUCCGGUCUCAGCAGCAGAGCGGGGUUCAGGUCUGGUCCUGACCUGCAGAGCCGGGUGUCUCCAACCCCCCUCCCUCACCUGGACUACAGCCCGGGACCGGACCGUCCUCCAGAGGACGCAGCAGCAGGACGGACUGUCGCUCCACCUGCAGGACCUGGACCUCCAGGAUCAGGGAGGAUACAGCUGCGAGGCCGAGUGCGACUCCGUCAUCAGGACCGGAAACAGCCAGGUCCACGUCCACUCGUUUCCCUCUGAUCCGGUUCUGGAGGAUCCUGGUCCUGUCCUGCUGGGUCAGGAGGCGGUCCUUCACUGUGAUGUCAGCAACGUCUUCUCAGCCAAUCAGAUGAGGAUCCGGUGGCUGUCGGGGAACGCGACGCUGAGGUCGGAGUCCUUCAGCUUCUCCGGUUCCUUGCGGAACGUCUCGUCUGUUCUUCGGCACCGGGUCGAGGAGGAGCAGCUGGUCCUGACCUGUGGCGCCGAGCUGCUGAGGGAGGACGGAGACGUGUGGAGGUCCAGGAGGACCAGCGUCCCCCUGCAGGUCCACUAUCCUCCGAGGGGAACCUCCAUCUCAGUGAGUCCAGGUGAGGAGGUGGUGGAGGGUCAGCAGGUGACGGUUACCUGCCGCUCAGACGGAGCUCCGCCCGCCACGCUGGUGCUGAGGAGGGAGGGGGCGGAGCUUCAGAGGGCCACCUCCUCCUCGCUCUCCUUCAGCCUCUCCUCCGCCCUGCUGGAAGACUCCGCCCACUACCAGUGCGAAGCGUCCAACCAGUACGGGUCCCAGAGGGUCAACAGCUCCAUCACCGUCAGAGCUCCUCCGAGGAACACCACGGUCCUCAUCCUGCCGUCUUCGGUGGUCCAGGAGGGACAGAAUGUCACCGUGUGCUGCCAAACCAUCAGCUUCCCGCCGGCAGCCGUGGUGCUGAAGAAGCUGACCAAUGGGACGGAGCUGUACUCCCCCAACGGCACCUUUCUAUUGGUCAACGUCACAGCCAGAGACUCCGGGCUUUACCAGGUCAACGUGACCAACGACCUCGGGUACCAGGUCCAAGUCUUCAGCAUCAGCGUCAGAGAGAGGAGCACCCACCGUCCCCCCAGCCUCGGCGCCAUCGCCGUCCCAGUCUUCUGCGUUGCCGCCGGGCUAGCGGCUGCUGCGCUGCUCCUGGACUACCUGAGGAGAUCCAGGAAGAAAGGCUUCUAUCAGCUGCCGCAGUCUGCGCCUCCGUCAGCCUGACGCGGACCCUGGGCUACCGCCGUCCCCCAUGUGGCUACCAUGUUCUAAUACGUGGCUUUGAUAUACAACAUGUGGCUUUCACGUCUCAGUGUGUGGCUACCGCUUCCUAAUGUGCAGCUACCGAGUCCUGACACAUGGCUGUGACAUGCUAACACGUGGCUACCACCUCCCAGCUGGCGGCUGCUAAUUUGCAAGACGUGAGUGACAUGUGAUCAGCUGACUGCUGCCCCCCCCCCCCCCCCCCCCCCCAAGAUGUGACUGUGUUCCAACACUUCCUAAUACCCACACAUGUUGCUACCUGGCACCCAAAUUUGUUUCUGUAACACUCGGCUACCAGAUUCCAGCGCUUGGUUUCAUCAUUCCAGAACGUCCCGGCCGGCUCGGCGCUGUGCUACCAACAGUCACAACACCUCCUCCCAGCACGCGCCCUCUAUACUAUGUGACAUAUGAACUUGAUGCUUUGCCUCUUUAAGGCUGGAACACCUUCAGCUUCAGAAGCACGUGCUUUCUGCUUGUGUUUCUGCUUGUGUGUGAGAUGAAUGUAAAUUUUCUCUUUUAAUAAAGAUAUUUAUUUCCUUACUCUGCCCCCUCAACCGGGAGCUUCUUGGAUUAUUUCCCUGGGAAUUUCCAGUUAUUCAGCCGGAGCUCAGCAGCUUUCCCUUUCUCUUCUCUCACACUCGCUGUUUACUGGAAGUUUGCAGGACACCUCGGUCUGUUUCCAUGGUGACGCCUCAGGCCUGGAGACUCGCUUUAAGAGGCGGUUUGUUUUUCAGGAGAGGGAGAAAGGCUGCUGGGAGUUUAACACUUCGCUGAAGCCGAACAGGGAGACAGAAAGUAAAACAAAGCCUCCAGGAGGUGGGUGGCUUUGGCUCCUGAUGGCGGCGCUGGAGGAAAGGUUGUGAUGUCGUGAUGUUUACAGGUCCGAGCAGGAACGGACUAAACAGCAUUUUGUACUUUGUGUAAUAGGGUUGAUGUGAACAGCCACUUUUUGUACUUUGUAGUUCAAACUAGUGUUGUAGUACUCGAGACCCCUUUCUGAUGGUCUUGGUCUCGACACGGUCUCGGACAUUAAGGACUCAGGACUUUAUUUCAAGACCAUAACUUUGGGAAUAUCAAUAAACUGGUUUUGCAUCGUCUGAUUUAUUUGUUAACAUUCUAACUUUGAUGAAUGUAAAACGUGUUGCUUCAAAUUAAACCAAUGACCCUAAUUAAAAAUGUGUUGUUACCGUUAGCGACGGUAACCCCCCAACCCUCCUGCGAUGGUAACCAUGGAGAAGCAGUGUUGAAUAAAGAGGCUUGAGUUGAUUUCA